GUCGAAUGCUGUUUGCCGCCAUGUCACGCUUUAACCGUUGAUGGCGAAAAGAACGAACGUUUUCUUCAAUUGAGAUGACGGUAGGAUUAUUUUGGCAAGAAGAACAUUUUGUUCAUACAAGCCUUAACCCAGAAUGGUGAACACCGAGGACGAGGAUGUUGAAAGAGAACUUUAUUUCCUGAUCGCGAAGUUCCUCUCGAAGGGCCCCUGUGUACGUGCUGGAUUGGCAUUGAAAGAGGAGUUGGUCGAACAUCAGCUUUUGCGUCGUCGUGUGGAUUGGAGGGGCGAAGAACAUGACCAAACCUACGAGGAAACGGUUACCGAGAAUAACCACAUACCAGAUGAUUUCUUACUGCGAAUAGCUAAACGGCUCGGACCUUUGGUCGAGCAAUGUGUACCAGGGAGUGUAGAGGGCUAUCGUUCCUUGCUAGGAGCUGGAAGGCAGAAUUUGUUGCGGAUAUCUUCAGAACCAAGCAAACCAAGUGUGAGCUCAUUAGCUGUUUGUUAUCAUGGAGCACCAUUAUUGCCACCAGUAAAAAGAAGGAUUCCGGGAAAUAUUGGUCAUGUGUUAUGCAGCAGAGAGAUCAGUGGAACAUCCAGUAUCAGAAAUGUGGCACAACCAAAUCUUUACACAAAAAUAUCUAUGCAUCGCAGAAUACUUGGUCAUCUUUCUGCUGUAUAUUGUGUGCUCUUUGACAGAAGUGGCAAAUGCAUUGUUACGGGUGCUGAUGACAGCUUGGUUAAAAUCUGGUCCAGUGAAGAUGGUAGACUUCUUGCCACUUUGAGAGGACAUCAAGCUGAGAUAUCUGAUAUUGCAAUUAGCUAUGAAAACAACCUUGUUGCAGCUGGAAGUUGUGAUAAGGUGAUUCGGGUGUGGUCUAUAAAAUCCACAGUUCCAGUAGCAGUGCUCCAGGGACAUACAGGCAUGAUAACUUCUCUUCAGUUUUGCCCUUCACCAUUAAAUGAAUCAAGGUAUCUGGUGUCCACUGGUGGAGAUGGAACAGUUUGCUUUUGGAAAUGGGAUUUAGCAACCUUAACUUUUGACUCCAAGCCUAUUAGAUUCAUUGAGAAGUCGCGACCUGGAACACAGAUGGUGUGUUCCUCAUUCAGUCCAGGAGGAACAUUCUUAGUGUCAGGAAGUACAGAUCAUUAUAUAAGAAUAUACCAAAUGACUCCAGGGCCACCAGAGAAAAUUGCGGAGUUAGAUUUCCACAAUGAUCAUGUGGACAGUAUUCAAUUUAGUCACAAAGGAGACAGAUUUCUCAGUGGAUCAAGAGAUGGCACAGCUAGGAUUUGGUAUUUUCAUAGAUCAGCAUGGAGACCCAUCUUGAUUGAUGUCAGCAAGAGACUUCCAAAUUCAUCACCAGUAGAAGAGUCAGUCAGAGCUCUGAAGCCAAGAGUUACCAUGGUCGGGUGGGAUCUGUGGGAUCAGCAUGUGAUUACAGCUGUCAAUGACAAUACACUGAAAGUGUGGGAAGCAGCUACAGGAAAUCUCUCACUUGUUCUCUGUGGACAUCAAGAUGAAGUGUUUGUCUUAGAGGCUCAUCCAACAGACCCCCAUGUUCUUCUAAGUGCAGGUCAUGAUGGAUAUGUUAUUUUGUGGGAUCUCCGAACUGGCGUUAAAAUCACGAGUUUCUAUAAUUCACUUGAAGGUCAAGGCCACGGGGCUGUGUUCGAUUGCAAGUUUUCACCGGAUGGCCUCAAAUUCGCCUCAACAGACAGUCACGGCCAUCUGUGUAUCUUUGGUUAUGGUUCAAGUGAUCGUUACAGCCAGGUUCCUAGUGAACAGUUUUUCCACACGGAUUACAGACCACUUAUAAGAGAUUCCAACAACUACGUUCUUGAUGAACAGACCCAGACGGACCCACAUCUCAUGCCUCCUCCAUUUCUGGUCGAUGUAGACGGCAAUCCUCAUCCACUGCACUUUCAGCGUCUGGUGCCAGGUCACGGAAGCAAUGUCCGCGACCCACCCAGGCCUGCCCUUCAACCCCCUCCCACACCAAGGGAAGAUCUUCCUCCCCUACUGGCAGAGAUCGAAGCUGCUGAGGCGCAGGAAAGGCAAAUAUUUCCAGCAGGUCUUCAUUCCCCUCCACCUCAUGGUCAGGGAGCAGUACCUCCCCUCCAGAGCCCCGGAGGAAGCCGUAACUAUGGCAUGCGUCAGAUGGGUGACGUGGAAGGAGUUCGGCUGGUUCACGGUAACGUGCCUGUGAUUCAGGACGUGUCUGAGUCUGACACUGCAGCGUGGAGAAAUAGACGAAUUGUGCCUGAUAGCAAGCCAAGCAUCGCUAAGAGUGAUGUGGAGAGACGGCUGUUACUGGGAAGAGAAGAAAUGUUGAACUAUCUUAGAGAGAAAAAAAGACGAGCCUUGCCCUCGACAUCCAAAAGAGUGACGGUUCAUGUACCAGAACCACGAGUUGCCGAAGAAAGACCUCAGCAGGCUGCUCGUCGCACCUCAAAUCGGCGGAAUGCUGGACAGAGCUCUCGUGGAACAAGGAGACAAACUUACUCCACCAGAGCUACUGCCUCUAUGGACGUAGAGGAAUCAGCUGAAGAGGAGGCAGCAGCUACGCCUAGCGAUACUGAAGAAGAAGACGAGGAAGAUGAAUGGUCUGAGAGUAGUAGUGAAUCAAGUGAGUACUCGGAUUGGACGGAAGAAGUUGGACUUAGAACACAGCAACAGACUGAGAACCGCCGUCCAAGGCGGGUGUGUAGAGUACUGAGUACAUCAGAGGAGGAAGGGACCGAAGCGACUCAGCCAGGUCCCAGCUCCCCUCAGCGGCAACCCAAGGUUAAAAAAGAAAGUAAAAAAGCCAAGAAACCUGCUAAGAAAAAGAGACCGGCCAAAAAACCUAAAGUAGACGAAGUUCAGGAGUUACUCAGCUUAUAUCAGCCACCAGACUGGCUGAUCUGCACAGUCACGCGCAUCUCACCAUACGUACCUCAGAUUGGUGACGAGGUGUAUUAUUUCCGUCAAGGCCAUGAACUGUACGUAAAGGAAGUGAUUGCGCUGAAAAGUUACGAAAUCAAUCCAAAGAAGCAGUGUUUCUAUAAACUGAGAUUAAAGGCUGAAGAGCUGUGUCGCAUUGUAAGUCUGCAUUACUCAGCUGGUCCACCAACUCUUUGCUGCUUAAAACUAGCUCUAAUAAAUCCAGAGACAGGCAACAGCACAGGAGCAACGUUCACUGUCAAAUAUCACGACGUCCCAGAUGUGUUAGACUUCCUUGUAUUGCGGCAAGCUUAUGACGCGUCCAUAAACCAAAACUGGAGACCUGGCAAUCGCUUUCGCAGUGUCAUUGACGAGACGUGGUGGGCGGGCGAGAUCACGGAUAGAAGUCCUUUCCAAACCGACUUUCCUGACUCUCACUUUCAGUGCUUCACUGUCAGAUGGGACACAGGAGAGGUCGAGCGAAUGAGCCCCUGGGACCUUCAGCCCGUCACUGAACAUGAUCCUGGCAACCCAGAUCUUUCCGCCGACGCCUCAGGAGCAGCAACUAGUAACAUACCGCUGACCGAUGACGAUCGACUGUCACUGGCGUAUGACCCGGAUGAAGAGUCCGAAUGGCUUGGUGAGGGACGGGAGACCAUGUCUCAGAGAUUAGUAACAGGUCUGGAAGCGCUGAGUCAGCUGAAUUUUGCGGGGCCGUUCGUAUACCCGGUGGACGUGCAACAAUACCCGGAUUACUGGUCUGUAGUGCCUUACCCUACCGACUUGAACACCAUUCGGGAGAAGCUCUUGAACAAGUAUUACAGGCGAGUUACUGCUCUUCUUUGGGAAGUAAAACAACUGGAAAGAAAUGCUCGUCUUUACAACGAGGAAGAAAGUCAGAUUGUUAGAAAUUCUAUGAAACUCGUGUCUGUGUUGAAUGCGUUUAUUAGGGAUUCCACGUGCAACGAUAUACUUUCACUGUGUGAAGACGAAGAAGGAAUCGAGGACGUUGAGGUUCAGGUUGAAAAUAUGUCCGAAGAGUCAGCAGGAGAGGGAGAAACGUCACAGGAUUCUACUGUGCCAGGUUCUCGGAAAAGAAAACGAGAAUCAUCCAGUUCCGAAAGUCACAACAAACAUAUAAAGAGAGAGCAGGCCCCUCCUGUUGAGCCGUGGAUGCAGUCUGCUCAUGAGCUGUUAGACUUCUUGGUGUCUCGUGAAGAUGCCACGCCCUUCCGACACCCUGUAGAUCUGAAUGAUUUCCCGGACUACACCGAGGUAGUGGCCGAACCGAUGGAUUUCAGCACUGUUUAUCGCCGAUUGGAAGACAACUUGUAUAGCGACCCGGAGACUUUCGUCCGAGAUGUGCGCUUGAUUUUCUCGAAUUCAAGAGCAUACAACACCAUGCCGCGUUCACGGAUCUAUGGAAUGACUAUUCGUCUGGCCGCCAUGUUUGAGGAUCGUGUGGACAGCGUAUUGAGAGACUGGUACGAGGCUGCGUCAGGUGGUGCCCGACGCACCAGGUUACGGACCAUGCGGUUGCUAGAAUCACAAGCACCAAACACCAAUAGUGUGUCACGACAUCGUACAUCCCAUUCGGGACACCAGGCUGCCUCCAAUGCAGCACAUUACUCAGGCGUUAAUUCCGGCGUAGAUUCUCUUAGCGCACGAGAGAGCAGAACUCGUUCAAUAGGCACGCGUGCCCCUUUUACGUCAGAUUCAGAACACAGAAACGGUUUCGGUCACGCCGUUACUUCGAGGACAGAAACCCGAACAAGCUCUCGGGUCAGCUCCCAAUCCCGUAUUGAACGGGAUAACGAUAGCGUUUUUGAUGAUACAGGAAGUGGUAGACAGACUAGAUCAACAAGGUCAAGUGCACGGCGCGAGCUUGUUAUGCGUUUCUCUGCUUCAAGGACACAACAGAAUAGACAGGAGGAAAGUGUUUCGAAUGGGCCGCCGGCGAGUAGGUAUUCAACGCGCAGAAGUACGUCCUUAGCGCGGGGUUCUUCUAGUGUAAACGGAGAAGAGAGUGACGACGAAGGAGAAGAAGAAGAUGGAGACGAAGAGGAAGAGGGUAGCGACGACGAAGAAGAAGAAGAACAAGGUGAAGGAAGCGAUGAAGAAAGAGGAGAUGAAGAACAAGACGAGGAAGAAGAAGAAGAGGAGGAGGACGACGAAGACGAUGAAGAGGAAGAUGAUGAAGAUGAAGAUGAAGAAGAAGAAGAAGACAGUGACGACAGCGCUGUGCAGUCACGACAGCAAACUCGUCGAAAGGCAGCUCGACCUACUCACCGGCCCACUGUAACAAUGCGGCCAAAUUCAAAGCGCUCUGCUAAAACUGGUGCGUCUCACUCAGACAAACGAAAAUCGAAUGCGAGUUCUUCUCGUAGGACUAGCGACGCGUCGCAAAGAAAUGAAACUCCUGCGCCUUCGCGACGAAGUUUACGGAGAAAUUCGUCUGCGCGUCGCGUGCAUUACAACGAAAAUGACUCGGACAGCGGAAGUGAUUCGCCUGGAAACGAAAUUAUUGGAGUUUCCAGUCGUGGUAGGGUGAGGAAACCAGCUAUAAGAAUGCAGGAUUAUGUUGAGUAAGCGAUCCUUCAAUUUACAAUUGGAGUCCGAACGUCGCCUGGUGUGGGGCUUGAAGGUUAUGUCCACAGAAUUUACUUGGAAGGCGAGCAGAAGGAGUUGAAAAUAUGGUUCUUUAUCCGCGAGUAUCAUAAAAAGAGGACGGUAUAGGAGGUUGUAGGUUGAUUUAACAACCACUUGCAGUAAAAAAAAAAUUCAAAGAUCGCCAUUCCCAUUCGCAUUUUGAUCCGAGUGAAAGGGAUUGAACGGAUAAGUGAUUCACUGAAGUACCAUGGUACAGUAAGAGGAAAUUUUCUUCUUUCUUGUUCUGUCAGUCACGCAAAGGUACUAAGUGAUUUGAGGCAACAAAUGGAAUAAAUAACGCGAACUAAUAUUGAAAGUUACUAUUCUUUUUGCAAAUGAAGGAAAUAUUGAACCAGUGAACGUUUUGUAAUUUUUUGUAUCCAUAAGUGCUUCGUCACAAUCCGAUUUAAAAACGCUACGUUUCUCUGUGACGGCUGGAAUUUUAAUUAGGUCUUUUCCUCAACAUACAGGCAUCUGAAAGCUUUAUUACUUGAACUUUGCAAUGCUCUCUAAUCUGUUUACGUGAUCCAAACUUGUUCAUGAUAUUUCUCUAUCCUUGUGUUUAUAGUGCUAAAGGGAAUACUUGAAUGUUAUAUAAUACUGGUAUUAUAUAUUCGUCAUCCAUUCGUUAUGUACCGGAAUUUUUCGCGUUUCUUGUGCGCAUAUGCAUUAGAGAAUAAGACAUUCUUCUUUUUUCUUUGUUACUUUCGCGCUUUUCAUAUAUUAUUAGUUUUCGCGCUUUUGUAAGAGACCCCGGCUUGCGACGAACUUUAUAUGAAUUACUGCUUGCAGCGACUGUUGCUCUGCAUUAACAGCCAUUUUGGUUGCAUUUAUUAAUGAAAUAAACGUAAUUCUACAAUGCUUA